GCGCGUGGAGCGGUGUUUUGUAACCUCCUCCCGCCUCCUCCCGCCCCCCGCCCGCGCCCAGCCCGGAGCCGAUCCCGGCGUCCGGAGCGGGAGCGCCACACCCCCCUCGCCGCAGCCGCGCAGCCGAUGGCAGCGUCCUCUCCCGCCGUCGCUGUGGGCUCGGAGCUGCCGCCGGAGCCGGGCGGCAGCGGGGGCCCUGGCGAGGGGGCGGACGGGGAGCGGGAGCUGCUGCUGGCGCGACUGGUGCCCGCGAGCCGCCUGAAGGAAGCGGUGGGCGCGUCCCUGGCGUCGCUGUGCCUCGGCCCCCUCGGCGGAGCGCAGCGUCUCGGGACCCUCGUGGACUGCCUGGUGCUGAACUACCGCCUGCGGCAGGGGCCGGGCCGGGGCAGGGAGCGCGAGGCCGAGGGGCCGCUGCGCUGCUGCGGCUGCGGGAGGUUCCUGGGCGAGCCGGUGACCGUCCCGUGCGGGCACACCUACUGCCGCCGCUGCCUCCGCAGGGAGCUGCGGGCCCGCUGCCGCCGCUGCCGGGACUGGCUGCUGCCGGCGGGGGGCACCAGCACGGCCGCGGCCCCGAUGCGCACCAGCGUUGUCCUCAACCGGCUGGCGGAGAAGUGGUUCCCGGGCGAGUGCGAGAGGGCGAGGGCCGGGAGCCGGCUGGAGGAGCUGCUGGCCCAGGGCCGCUUCCGAGAGGCGCUGGGCGCCGCCAGCCAGGCCCUGCGAGCAGAUUCCAAUGACUUGAUGCUUAGGAUUUACAGAGCUGAGUCAUAUGUUGGCCUCCAAGAAUAUAAAACAGCCAUAGAAGAGCUAAAUUUUGUUAUUUCUAAAAUGCCAAAUUGGCCAGAGGUCUACUUCCGGAAAGGAAAAGUGCUGCAAGACUCUGGCUUUGUAGGUGAUGCCUUACAGCUGUUUCUACAGUGCUUAGCCCUUGAUGAGGACUUUCUUCCAGCCAAGCUAGAAGUAGAAAAGACAUUGUGUGAUGUUUUGUCACCAGAGAAGCUAGGUGAGAGUUUGAAGGAAUCUGCUUGGAAUUCAGUCCAUAUUCGAAAUAAACCUUUUCUGCUUGGUUCUGAGGUGACUGCAUCUUACUGCAACUUACAAAACUGUCCUCAGCAGAGUUCAGGAGGAUCAGAUGUACUGAAGCCUGUCAGUGGAGGCUUAAAUCGUGCACAGUCUGCCCAUGCUCUUAAUUCAACAAAAGACCUUGCCAAGGAAGAUGGCUUAAAGAGAGUGUCUUCUGAACCCCUUCUCUCUGGCCAAGGAAAAAGUGCUUUGUUAAAAAGAAAGCUUUCCUUUUCAGAACAGGAUGCAGUUGUAUGUGAAGAUGGAAGAAACAAACACAAAAAGCAAGGAGAAAGUACAAAAAGGGAUGUGACACUGGCCUUUGGAACAAUUCCUGGGGAUUUGAUUGAUGUAUCAGAUUUUGAGUGCUCUCUAUGUAUGAGGCUAUUCUUUGAGCCAGUGACAACCCCUUGUGGACAUACUUUUUGCAAAGGUUGUUUGGAACGAUGUUUAGAUCAUGCUCCACAGUGUCCACUCUGUAAGGAGAGCUUGAAAGAGUACCUUGCAAGUAGAAAAUACAGUAUCACAGAACUGCUGGAGGAAUUAAUAAUGAAAUAUUUGUCUGAUGAAUUAUAUGAGAGAAAAAGAAUUCAUGCUGAAGAAACUGCUGAACACUCCAACUUGACCAAGAAUGUUCCCAUGUUUGUUUGCACUAUGGCAUAUCCUACUGUGCCUUGCCCUCUACAUGUAUUUGAGCCAAGAUACCGACUCAUGAUUCGCAGGAGUAUGGAAACUGGAACUAAGCAGUUUGGGAUGUGCAUAAGUGAUUCUCAAAAUGGUUUUGCAGAUUAUGGUUGCAUGCUGCAAAUAAGGAAUGUUCAUUUUCUACCUGACGGACGGUCUGUUGUUGAUACAGUUGGUGGAAAGAGAUUUAGAGUUUUACAGAGAGGGAUGAAAGAUGGUUAUUGCACUGCGGACAUUGAAUAUUUGGAAGAUGUUAAGGUUGCUGAUGAAGAAGAACUAAAGAAAUUGACAGAGCUUCACAAUUUUGUUUACAAUCAGGCCUGCAGUUGGUUCCAAAACUUAAGGAACAAAUUUCGCACUCAGAUUCUUCAGCACUUCGGGCCAAUGCCUGACAGGGAGGAAAAUAUACAGUACAUCCAGAAGCUGCUGUUUAACCUACAUUAAGGUUGUGAGCACUUCAUGACGUAACUGACCUGACUCAGUUCUGACUGAGGGUUUCUUGGGGGGACUGCCACAGCCCCUCCUAUUUCCCCUGCCAGUGUAUCAGACCCAUUUAUCAGACGUUUCAGCCAACUGCUGCCUGCUAGAUGAAGUCCCAAAGUCUGGGAAGCAACGAGUGAAGGACAGCCUGUUCUUUUCUGUGGAAAGCUCUGUCCUUGAAAAAGACUUGAACUUGAUGCUUGAUAUUCGCAAGCAUCUGUUGAGCUUCUGGCAACUUGUUUGCUGUACUGUUUUUCUGUGAAGAUACCCUCCUACUGGUGAUGACAUCUGUCAGCAGGAGGGGAGAGAUAAAAGCUGUUGCAGUUAAUUCUUUUACCAAGUUCCAUGCAAAUACAUCUUCAUUCCUUCUUAAAAGACGCUUUGAAUUUUACCUUCCACAUGGAACAACAAAUAUUCUAAGAUCAUUACACUCAGAGUAUACUCUUUCAGGAAGUGAAUCCUGCAGAAAGCUCCCCACUCCAGUUGAACUGACAUGUCAUGAUGUCCAUACAGAAGAAAGUUAACAGAACCUGUCUGAGGCCUGCUACAAGACUCCUGAGGCAGAAACCCAAAGCUCUAGAGGCAACCUCUGUUGUGGUUAUUUAAGGAAAUAAACUGAGACAGUGUGGGGGUAAAAAGGGAAAUUAAGAU